UCGGAGAUGGAUGUCUCUCUCUGCCCAGCCAAGUGUAGUUUCUGGCGGAUUUUCUUGCUGGGCAGCGUCUGGCUGGACUAUGUGGGCUCGGUGCUGGCGUGCCCGGCGAAUUGUGUCUGCAGCAAGACGGAGAUCAACUGCCGGCGGCCGGACGAUGGGAACCUCUUCCCCCUCCUGGAAGGGCAGGAUUCGGGGAACAGCACCGGGAACGCCAGCAUCAACAUCACGGACAUCUCCAGGAACAUCACUUCCAUACACAUAGAGAACUGGCGCGGCCUGCACACGCUCAACGCCGUGGACAUGGAGCUCUACACGGGCCUGCAGAAGCUGACCAUCAAGAACUCAGGACUCCGGAGCAUCCAGCCCAGAGCCUUUGCCAAGAACCCCCACCUGCGCUACAUAAACCUGUCGAGUAACCGGCUCACCACACUGUCCUGGCAGCUCUUCCAGACGCUGAGUCUGCGGGAAUUGAGGCUGGAGCAGAACUUCUUCAACUGCAGCUGUGACAUCCGCUGGAUGCAGCUGUGGCAGGAGCAGGGUGAGGCCAAGCUGAACAGCCAGCACCUCUACUGCAUCAGCGCCGAGGGCUCCCAGCUGCCCCUGUUCCGCAUGAACAUCAGCCAGUGUGACAUCCCGGAGAUCAGCGUGAGCCACGUGAACCUGACCGUGCGGGAGGGCGACAACGCUGUCAUCACGUGCAACGGCUCUGGCUCGCCCCUGCCCGAUGUGGACUGGAUGGUCACCGGGCUGCAGUCCAUCAACACCCACCAGACAAACCUGAACUGGACCAAUGUGCACGCCAUCAACCUGACGCUGGUCAACGUGACGAGCGAGGACAACGGCUUCUCCCUGACGUGCAUCGCAGAGAACGUGGUGGGCAUGAGCAACGCCAGCGUCGCCCUCACGGUCCACUACCCUCCGCGCGUGGUGAGCCUGGAGGAGCCCGAGCCGCGCCUGGAGCACUGCAUCGAGUUCAUGGUGCGCGGCAACCCGCCGCCAACCCUGCACUGGCUGCACAACGGACAGCCCCUGCGCGAGUCCAAGAUCAUCCGCGUGGAGUUCUACCAGGAGGGCGAGGUGUCCGAGGGCUGCCUGCUCUUCAACAAGCCCACCCACUACAACAACGGCAACUACACCCUCAUCGCCAAGAACCCGCUGGGCACCGCCAACCAGACCAUCAACGGCCACUUCCUCAAGGAGCCCUUCCCAGAGAGCACGGAUAACUUCGUCUCCAUCUAUGAAGUGAGCCCCACACCGCCUAUCACUGUGACCCACAAGCCAGAGGAAGACACUUUUGGGGUGUCCAUCGCCGUCGGGCUUGCCGCCUUUGCCUGCGUGCUGCUGGUGGUUCUCUUUAUCAUGAUCAACAAGUACGGCCGACGGUCCAAAUUUGGCAUGAAGGGUCCCGUGGCUGUCAUCAGCGGGGAGGAGGACUCGGCCAGCCCGCUGCACCACAUCAACCACGGCAUCACCACGCCCUCGUCGCUGGACGCUGGGCCCGACACGGUGGUCAUCGGCAUGACCCGCAUCCCGGUCAUCGAGAACCCCCAGUACUUCCGUCAGGGGCACAACUGCCACAACCCCGACACAUGGGUCUUUUCAAACAUAGACAAUCAUGGGAUAUUAAACUUGAAGGACAAUAGAGAUCAUCUAGUCCCAUCAACUCACUAUAUAUAUGAGGAACCUGAGGUCCAGAGUGGGGAAGUGUCUUACCCAAGGUCACAUGGUUUCAGAGAAAUUAUGUUGAACCCAAUAAGCCUUCCUGGACAUUCCAAGCCUCUUAACCAUGGCAUCUAUGUUGAGGAUGUCAAUGUUUAUUUCAGCAAAGGACGUCAUGGCUUUUAAAACUCCUUUAAAGCCUCCCCGUUCUGAUGCCACCUGGGUAGGCUGGCCCUUCUGAGAGGCUGGAAGCCCUAGGCCUUGUUCUCUUUGGAUCCGGGGAUGCUAAGUAGAAUCUGCAUGAGCCACGGGUGCCCACACCCUUGACCACCAUCGAGACGGGUGUUCCCCAUCCACACUGGCAGGGCCGCCCUCUCCCUCCAGCCAUCACUGUGUUCCUCUUUGUCUGGCCUCCGAGGCAGCUCCCGCCACCAUCUUUAGAGCCAAUAAAGAGAAUUCAAAACCUGUGCACCAGGAACCAUCCUUUAAACACGCUAGCCAUUCUCUUGCUUUGCAAAAACAACCCAGCCACCACAAGAAGGCCUGCUGAAGUCAGCUCUGCUCCGGCCUCGCUUGCCCUGCCUGGAAGCCUGGGUCUCCCCGGCUCAGCUCUGAGCCACCUCGUCGCCCGCAGCGUCCGGUGGGGAAGAGCAUCUAAGCAGAGGUGGAGCCGGUGGUGCGAGGAGGGGACCAGGCCCGAAUAUUGGCACCAGAUUAGGUCUCAGAGGGAAGAAUGGAAACCCAGUUGUUUUAUAUACUUUCAUUUUUGGUGGAGAAAACCAUACCUGUAUAUUUUUGGACACAGUUCCCCCUACUUCCUCUUCUCUCCGGAGCGGCUCACAGUGCGUGUGGCGUUAGAAACUCCUCCUUGGCCCCUAGGUCUGCAGUGCGAGACGCUUGGGCUGCAGGAGGUCCUGCCUGUGAGUUGGCCAACCAGGGACCACGGCCCUUCCUGGUAGUCCGUGAUCCCAGGAUUCUGUCUCGUCCCAUUUUCACUUGUUCUUGACUCUGAGCACUUGUGGAAUACAAUGGAAUCACCAUGUCAAGGCCAAGAGGAGCCGAAGGGGAAGAGAAGUAAAAAUGGGCCUCCCCCAGCCCCUCUCAUGGCGCCAGUGGAAGUGUCAUCCAUUCCCUGGUCACGAUGCGUGUUCACCUGCUCGCUUUGACUCAUGCCUUACCCCACGGCUGCCCUCUCCCAACGAGGGAGGUGGCUUCCCCAUUUUCAGCUUGACCCACUGGGGAGAGGGAAGGGAGGUCCCCCGCUUUCAUUUUUAAAAUAAAGGCAUAGUUGUAGGGCCUGAACCUCUCCCAGAUUUGCUGCCACAUUGGCUGAGAGGACUUUGGGGUGGAUCCAGCAACCCCCGCCCACGGCACCUCCAUUGUGGGAAGUCAGCCCAGGCUGCCCCUGGAUGGUGGAGAGCCUGGAGCAGGGCGCCUCCCCCAGAGAGGUCCUAGGGCCAAAUGGUGGUGGAUCUAACCCACCAAGUUUGGGUGGCGAGGCACAGCACUAGGUAACAGACUCUCUGCCUUUGGUAGACUUCCCUGGGGGUGAAGGUUCCCACUUAGGGUUGAUGUCCUGGUCCUGUGCAUGGUGGCUCUUCAUACCAGAUGCCCAGCCUGAUUCUGCAGAUGCUCCCAUGGCGUUUACAAACUCCAAGUUUUCCAAGUUCUUGCCCAGUCUCUGGGGUGGCCUCCCAGGUACUUGAGUCCCAAGUAUCACCCAGGGAUUCGGGGUGUCUCCAGGGCCACGAGGUGUGUGCUUGUCCGGCCCCUCCCAGCUCCCCACCACCCUGCGCCCCCUGCUUCAUGUCAGGCUGUUCCCCACUGUGUCCUGUCAGCCCCGUGGGCCAGGCCUCCUCCUGAGUGUGGCUUUAAGGAGCAAGCUUGAGGGUGAUGUUUUUUAAUUAUUGUAAUCAUUACCUCAUUUCCAGCCUCCCAGGCUCCAUCCAUCCCAGCAUCUUUUAUCCUGCCAUUUUCCUCACCUUGUGCUAUCACAAUGGGGCGUUGUGUUUCCACAGAGACUUAUAGGAGUGUUCAGUGUAUAGUUUCUUAAUAAACACUUUAUUUUCUAAUGAAA